AUGGACAUUUCUGGCAAGAGAGCCUGCAGUGUGCAGCUUUUCACCUGGUUCUGUGUGGUGGCCUUUAGUGGAGGGGAAAGAGGAGCUCAGCAACUUGGAACCUUGACCUGCCUCAAUAAUUACAUAAAUAGGAUCCACUGUAGUUGGACUGCCACCUUGCCAAGACAAGACAGAGUCCAUCAACUCCUCUUCACCAGCAACUUGGAACCAUUUAAAAACUACAGCUGCAUCCUCCAGAUGGGCACCUGCACACUAGAACUGCCACCAGACGGAAUGCUGACAGUAUAUGAUGAGUUCACCAUCAAUUUCCAUGGCAGUGUAUCCGGAGUGGAAUUGGUGUAUCUGCUGGACCCCAAGUAUCUUCCCAGGAAAAACAUCAAGCUCGACCCUCCCUCUAACCUGCAGAGCAAUGUCAGCUCCAGAGGCUGCAUCAUUUCCUGGAACCCUCCGCUCGAAGAUCUGUACAAGUUCCUCAGCUAUGAACUGGCCUUGAGGCAGCGUGGGGAAUCCUGGGAGCGGGCAAGACAUAAAGAUCGAAUUGUGGGAGUGAAGGCGGCCACCAUUGAAGCCUUCGAGUUUGGCCCUGGCUUGACCUAUGAGGCCCGGCUGCGCAGCCGCCUGGGCUCCCAGGAAGUAGGCGAACCCUUGGGUGAUGAGGAAAAAGAUUUCAGCUAUAGGAGCCAAUGGAGCGAGUGGAGUCCAGUCUUGCAGUUCCAGUCUCCAAGAUCUCUAGAUGUCUCCUCCUCACCCCAAGAAGGCCCUCUCAGCACGAUCAUCAUUUUCUCCAUCUUCCUUUUCCUAAUCAGCCUGCCUUACAUCCUUUUCAAGCUAUUUCCCAGAGUGAAGAAAACGUUCUACCAGAAUGUACCCUCACCUGCUGCUUUCUUCAGACCCCUCUACACUGUACAUAAUGGAAACUUUCAGAUGUGGGCCAGAUCUGACCUUCUUGGCCCUCAGCUCAGGAUGCAGGGGGCCAUGGACAAGCAAGUCCUGACCAGAGAUGAGCUCUUGGGAUUCAUAUUCCAGGAGUCAAUUUCUCACCUCACCUGCUUCCCGAUGAGGCCCAAAAGGGUAGAUGUCAUGGAAGAGGAGGAUUCCUGGAAGCCCAGAGGACCUCCUGAGAAGGAGGUGACCCAGCAAGACUCAGCAUCUAAGUACCUCAGUGUUGAAGAACUGCAGACCUGGCAGCUGCCUGGGAUGGUGACAGAUAGACAAUGUGAUAAUGACAAUGCUUGGGGCCACCCAGACUUCCCUGGAGCCGGCCAGGCUAGUUCAUUAGCUCUAAGAUGCCCUCCCAUUUCCCUGAAGCAGGAGGACCAGUCUCUGGAGAGCUGCUCCCUCAGCAAGAGUGAUUACUGUACCCUGAGUGGCAGUGAGAUGCCCCAGGUCUUAGCACCUCCUGGAGAGCUGCAGGGCCCAAUGCCCAGCAUGGGUCAGUGA